AUGAAUAAGCUUGAUAAGUUUAUGUUGGAUUUUGUUCUAAAGAACUCUGAAAUUAACGAGUUCUUCACUAAGACAACUUUGAGAUGGUGGAAUCGUGUCGACCUUUUUAUAAAAUUCAUAUACACCGUAAAUCCUGUUAUAACGCCACAAGAAGUGUUGAAUGAAUAUGAUCAAAGCCUUGCCAAAAUCAUAAAUACUAAAGGUAUCGAUUCUUCUACUCGAGAAUCAAAUGAAGUAGGUGGUGAAAAUUUUCAAUCCCCUUAUUCCAACGUUAAUAAUUCUCCAUCACGUGCUGUUACUCCUCCCCUUCAACAUAACUCUCACUCACAGUCUCAACGACCACAAAUUCCCAGUCCAUCAGAUCCUUCCAUAUCUCCUGAAUUCGAGAAAGAAACUGAUGUAUAUAACUCUGAGAACGAUGAUGAUUUGGAAAGAAGUGAUUUUGAUACAUCAGAUCAUGAGGAAACAGUUGAAGAAGAAGUGGUGGUGAAAAUGACCGACAAUAAAAAGAUAUCAGUGAUGAGACAAUUAAACUGCAUUUACAGUAAAGAAGAACGUGAUGAAAUCGAUUCCGCAUUCGGUUCACAGGUGCCUGAUAUUUUGGAUGAAAUAAAUGAAUUUCUGAUGGAGUUCCUUGACAAGUCGACAUUGAAAGGUAUUCAAAAGGUUAUAAAAGAAACAAUGUUUGAUGAUAAUUAUGAUCACGAAAAAGAUCACGAUAAGGAUUACAUUAUUUAUGUUAUAUAUUCAUUGUUAAGAGAAAUUGAAAACAGAAGCUUGAAAGUAGCUAAUUUUGAGGCUUGGUUUAAUUGUCACGUAUGGAACCCAAUCUUCGAUCAAGCCUUUGGUGAUAUGAAUAUGAUAUCUGUCGUUAGACAAUCAGAAAAAUGGCGGAAAAUGGGUCGCAGAGGUGACAUAAUCCUAAGGCUCGUUGGUAAUGGUGAUAGAGAUGAGUUUGGAGCCAGGGAAGCCAGGAAAAUUACCCAAGAUAUGUUGGUAAAAUUGAUGGCAAAAACAGAUUGGAAUGAAGAGAAAUGUGCAAAAAUCCAAACGGUUGGAGUAAUUCACGCUGGUACAUUUUCUCCCUGUAUCCGCAAAAAAAAUCAAUUUUUCAAACUAACAUAUUUAAUUAAUAAGUUUGAUGAUUAUGAUGGUAUACCUGGACAACCCGAAGGGAUACAUCUGUAG